GUGAUACGGUGCCCUUUCCGGUCAGAUCGUGUUUAACGUGUGUGAAGUUUCAGCGUGAGAACGAGCUGCUCUAAACUUUCUGACCGACACAAACUCCGUUUAUCAGCCUGUUUUUUGUUUGUUUGUUUGUUUUCCCGCUCCUCCUUUAUGAAGUUACCGUGUUCCCCGCCGCUCCGCUCCGCCGUCUCCCGGGGGGAAAUCCUGUUUGUCCGGCUGGAAAUGAGGCUCCAGUGACGAGAGAAGGGGACCGAGCCGAGCCGAGUUGAACUAGGCUAACCCGCUUCGUGUGUCGGAUUAAACGGGGCACGGACAGAAAUAAUGAGAAGAUGAAGCGGGUUCUGUGGAUCGUGGUGUUUUUACUGCGGAGUCUCGAGGGCACCUGUGGGACAGGUGUGAUGUUUACGAAGCACCCGUCCAAUCAGACGGUCUCCCAGGGCAACGCAGCGAGGCUGGGCUGUGCUGUUCAGGGACUGAUGGAGCCCGACAUCGUGUGGCUGAAGGACGGAGAGAAACUCUACAGCACCGACCAGAUGUUCAUCACACUGGGGGAGCACCACUGGGAGACCUUCCACAGUGUGAAGUCGGUCCAGCAGCAGGAUGCGGGUCAGUACUGGUGUGAGGUGGAGUUCCACGGUCUGACGUUCUCCUCUGAACGAGCCUGGAUCACUGUGGAAGGUGUCCCUCACUUCCUCCAGGAGCCUCAGGACGUGGCCACAUUCCCCAAUGUGCCCUUCAACCUCACCUGUGUGGCGGUUGGCCCCCCUGAGCCCGUGGAGGUGCUGUGGUGGCUGGGGGGGGUCCUGGAGGGAGAGCCCAGAUCGUCCCCCUCCGUCCUCCACAUCCAAGGUGUGAACAGCAGCGUCAAGUUUUACUGUGAAGCAAAGAACGCCAGAGGGAUCUCAGUCUCCAGGACCGGUACCGUUCACAUUAAAGUGUUGCCAGCGGCUCCAGUCGGACUCCAGGUCCUGAGGAUGGUGGACAACAACGUCACGUUGUCAUGGAGACCAGGAUUCACAGGUUACUCUGAGCUGUCCACCUGCAUCAUCCAGGUGUCGAGGCGGGCUGCCCGGAGGAGGGACCUCCCUCAGCAGGAGGUUCAGGUUCCUCCUCACCUCCAGGUGAUGUCAGGACUCAGGAGUCACUCAAACUACAGUGUGAGGGUCUCCUGUGUGAACGAGGUGGGGGCGUCUCCUUUCUCCCCCUGGUUGCACUUCCAGACACCUGAGUCAGCGCCCUCGGCGGCCCCCAGGAACCUGACCUUUGACCUCUCGGAGCAGCAGCUGUCUCUGACCUGGGCCAAGCUUGAGGAGGACGAGCUGCAGGGGAAGCUGCUGGCCUACAAGGUGCAGUGGACUCUGAGAGGAGAGGCACAGGAGCCUCUGCUGUUUAAGGAGAACAUGGCUCAGCUGUCAGGAGGAGGACGUUUCUUUAACGCCUCUUUCCAGGUCUCAGCCUGCACCUCAGUGGGCUGUGGACCCUGGACCCCCCCGGUGCUGGUGCUGCCGGCCUCAGUGCAGGUCCAGGUCCAGCGGAGCCACAUGUGGGUUGGUCUGCUGCUCGGUCUGCUGGUGGCCACUGUGGUGGGUCUGCUGCUCACCGUCGUCGCUCAGCGCCGCGGGAAAGAAACGCAGUUCGGCUCGGUCUUUAAGGGUCCAGGUCCUGAAAGCUCCGUCUCCUUCACAGCAGCUCGGUCCUUCAACAGAACCUGUGCAGAGCUGCAGGAGUCCACACUGGACAGUCUCGGUAUAAACAACGACCUGAAGAACAAACUGCAGGACGUCCUGAUCCAAGAGAGAAUGAUCACACUGGGACACAUGCUGGGGAAAGGUGAGUUUGGCUCAGUGCGUGAGGCCCUCCUGAAGACGGAGGACACGUCUGUCCAGAAAGUGGCGGUCAAAGUGCUGAAAUCUGACAUCACCUCAUCAGGUGACAUUGAGCAAUGUCUGAAGGAGGCGGCCUACAUGAAGGACUUCCACCACCCCAAUGUCAUCCAGCUCAUUGGAGUCAGUCUUCACCGGCGUCCAGGCCAGCGGCUGCCGAUCCCGAUGGUGGUUCUUCCGUUCAUGAAACAUGGAGACCUGCACACCUUCCUGCUGCUGUCCAGACUGGGAGAGCAGCCGUUUGACCUGUCCCUGCAGACUCUGAUCCAGUUCAUGUUGGACAUCUCCCGGGGGAUGGAGUAUCUGAGCAGCAGGAACAUCAUCCACAGAGACCUCGCUGCCCGAAACUGCAUGCUGGAUGAGAACAUGACGGUGUGUGUUGCAGACUUUGGUCUCUCUAAGAAGAUCUACAGUGGAGAUUAUUACAGACAGGGCUCGGUGUCCAAACUGCCUGUGAAGUGGAUCGCUCUGGAGAGUCUGGCUGACAACGUGUACACCACACAGAGCGACGUGUGGGCGUUUGGUGUGACGAUGUGGGAGAUCAUGACUCGAGGUCAGACUCCGUAUCCUGGAGUGGAGAACUCUGAAAUCUACGAGUUCCUGAUCAAAGGAGAGAGACUGAAGAGACCUGCAGACUGUAGGGACGACAUUUAUGACAUCAUGCACAGCUGUUGGAGUCCAGUUCCUAAAUGUCGUCCCAGUUUCCAACAUCUGGUUGAACAGCUGGAGGCGCUGUGGCUCAGCCUGUCCCCCAUCUCCCCACAGAAGGAGCCAUUACUGUAUGUUAACCUGGAGGGGGAGGAGGGCGAGCGGGGCAGAGAGGGAGGAGGCGGCGGCGGCGGCGUGUGGGCCCAGGGGCUGGAGGAGGCGGCAGCAGCGGCCUGGAGUGUCCCCUGGCAGGGGGGGGCGGAGGAUGAGGAGAAAGACUGGCUGAUGGUGGGGUCCGGGGCCGCUCUGGCCAUCGGGGGGGACUACAGGUACAUCAUCGGCCCCUGUGGAGGCCCUGAUGAGGAGGUGGGGGGAGAGGCGGGGGGAGGAGGAGGAAAGAGGAGGAGGAGGGAGUCGAUUGACACCUUACAGGAGGAGGUGAGGGACGAAGAGGACGAGGACGAUGUUGUCAUUAACGUCUGACCAAUCGCAGAGCUCCACCUCCUCUCACCUGAUUGGACCUGUCAGUCAGCUGAUCAGAGACGCUCACUUCAUGGCACUGAGCAGCAGCAGGCGGGUGGAGACGUUACUGAACAUUGAGCUCACACACACGCGCACACACACGCGCACACACACACACACUCUCACACACACACACACACACACUCACUCAAACAAAAUCAGUCAAACCAGAGUCUGAGCGGAAGGUGAAGAUUCAUAUUCAUUUUUCAUUAUUAUCUGAAGAUUAUUGGAUCAUUGAUUGAUCAGUAAAAUGAUGGAAGACGUCAUAGACGAAACAGGAAGCGACGUCUUGUGGGGGAAACAGGAAGUGUUCAUGUUUCAGAAGCUAAAAACAUUUAUCAGAACAGUAGCAGAUUAUUUUUUGUGAUGAUCAAACUAAUUGAUUGAUUGCUGCAGCUCUGAGUAACUAAUUUGUAGAUUAAAGGGUAAUGACAAUCAUCAGAUCUUCAUCAUCUUCAGCUGAACAGAACAACAUGGAGGUCAGAUCAACACGCUCCAACAUGGCUGAGACUUUUACUGUGAAGUCUGAGGAAACUGGUCCUUCAAAAUAAGAGCUCUACUCUGGACAUUUACCACUUCAGUCAUCUUUUUUUAUUUGGACAGUCUGACACUGCGCCCCCACCUCCACACACACUGGCAGAUCAGCAUGUGUCACAGCCUCCUGCAGGGAAACAAUUAAUGGAUUAAUCAAUUAGUCAGUCAACUGAAAAUCAAUCAGACACUAUUUUGAUCAGUGUUUCAGUUGGUUCCAGCUUCUUCUCUGACUAACCUGGUACUAAACUUACCGCCAAUAACUAGUCCUCAGACUGACCGAGUCAUGUGACAGUGUUACCUGGUUCAGGUGGAGCAGUCAUCAACCACCAUAAGCUACUGGUCACACAGGUGACCUUGUGUAAUAUGUCGUGUAGUUUGUGUUUGUUUGUGUAGUAUGUCUCUCAGGUGCUGCUCUGCUCACGUUUUUUUUAAUUAUUGUUAAUAUCUACAGCAGAAACCACUGGACGAUUGAUUAUUAAUUGGUAACAACUUAAUUAUAAUUGAUAAUUGUGUCUUUUUUCAAACUCAGUGAUGAGAUGUUUGUCAACAACAAGACACCGACAGUUUUUAUUUUCAGACAGUUUAAUAAUGAGACGAUCUAUCGGGAGAUUAAUCAACAAUAAAAUGUUUGGAGCUGAAAACAAUUAAUCAAUUAACUCACAACAAUUUAAUAUCAAUUAUCUCUUAUUUUAAAUGAUUCAGUUUCUGUUUGGGGGAGGGGGUUGAGGGGUGAGGCCCCUGCACCGGGCCGAUCCGGCCCUGACUGCUGCUGUAAGUGAUGUUCACACACUGGUCAGACCAGACCUCCUCUAUCUCACUAACGUGUAUUUGUAAAGAUGAAUUGUGUAUUUUACAGGUGAACUGUUUCGUGUUGAUGGUGUCUGACAUGUUUGAAUUCAACCACUGGUUACUAGGGAUGAAAGGAGCCUGUUUUUAUUCUGGUCACAGACCUGGGUCUAUUGAAGACCAGACCAGACCUGAGGUGGUCCGGUCCUCACCUGUCUGUACCACUGUCCUCACCUGUCUGUACCACUGUCCUCACCUGUCUGUACCACUGUCCUCACCUGUACACGAAAAACACGUGAGACUCUAAUGAAUAAAGUGUUUUGUGUCAUGUU